CAAUUUUUGCCAGUUUCCACAGGUGUACCCUCUAGAAAUACAUCCAUUACUUGCACAGGCUAAUACAGCACAAACAGGACAAUGGAUGCCUCCAGAGUUUUGCGUAUUACUAUGGUGUUAUCAAUUUGUGCAGUCAUAUUUCAAAUAAUCGGCUUGGCAUCACCAUACUGGGUCACUGGAGAUACAACGAAUUUAAAAUUUAACCUUGGUUUGUGGAAGUUGUGUGUUGAGGGUUUCUCCAGAAUGGAAGUAAGCGAGUGUUAUGACAUAAAGCACGCCAAACUAGGAGACUGGUUUAAAGCUGUCCAGGCGCUGAGUAUAAUGGGUUUGUUGUCACUGUUGUUGGCUGUCGUCAUGGUAGUCCUGAAACUUUUCGUUUUGAAAGACAGCAAAGCUGUUAUUUUUGUGGCGAUAGGUGCAUCUUUUGCUGGAGCGGUCUUCAUCUUAAUUUCGAUAGCAGUCUUUGCAGACAAAAUCAACGAGCUGAAUUCGAAAUCUGAUUCCGAUUUGAAUUUCCAUUAUCACUUCGCCUUUGCCCUCAGCAUUAUGGGAAUGUUGGCAGCCAUUGGAUGCGGAGUGGCCGUAUAAGUGGAUAAAAUCAAAGGAUAGCUUAAACAGAGAGCAGAGAAAACACGAUUUAUUAAGAAUUGUAAAAUGUAGUGAUUCUUCAAAGCACUUUUCUAUCAAUCUUUCAAUGUAGUUUGACAAAGUAAUGCAAACAUAAUAUUAAAAACGCAAACGUUAUUGUAUAUAUAUUAAUCCAGGAAUUCAAAUUAAACCAUUCUGUUUGU